CGGAAACAGGGAAGAGAGGGAUGGCAACAGUUCUAGCUGUCAUUGAAUAGUAGGCAGUACUAGAGGAGGCACCAUUUGCAGGGCGCCCUUUGAAUUUGUAGGUUACCCACCGUUUCAUCACCAUGGCAUUCCUGCGUGCCACGUGGCAGUUGCUGUGGUUACGAUUCCAAUACACACGGCGCCAUAAGCUUAACACGUGCAUCACUCUCUUGCUGUUUUGUGCAGCAAUCGCCAUUCCUAUUGCUUACGAAUUUACCAUAGACAUAGGAUCGGAAGUGACCACCGUCCCCGAUGAAACCUUCAGUCCACAAAAAGAUUUCCAAUAUCCGGGGGUACCCGGGGCAUUUUGCUUGGGGCUUGGAGUUGCGCCCGCAACGAGCCGCGGGAACCACACCCCGCAAGAGUUUCUUGGGUGGUUCAAGUACUAUCUGGGCCAAUCAACACUUGGUCAGUCGUUUAUGGUGUAUCGAUUAGAAAACAGUAAGGCGUUGGAAGACUUGGUCGAGCAAAAUGCAAAAACAUUUGAUAUUGUGGGCGGGGUAGUCUUCAAUGACGAAAGUUUUGACAACG